AUGGGGUCCAGCUCCGAAACGCCCGCAGAGCUUGAGAGGCCUCACAGCUCAGUUAGAUACUGGGUUUUCACUGGAGUUUUUCUUAUACUAAGGUUCUGUGGGGUUUUCUCUCCAGCGUACAGACAAGAGGCCACACUUGGGAUCGAUGUGUCAGAUUCAAGUGCCAAUUGUAUCGAGCAGACAACAGAAUGGAGUGCUUGUUCCAAAAGCUGUGGAAUGGGCUUUUCCACCCGUGUUACCAACAGAAAUCAACAGUGUGAGAUGGUGAAGCAGACACGGCUUUGUAUGAUAAGACCUUGUGAAAAUGAAGAGCCAUCUGAUAAGAAAGGGAAGAAAUGUAUCCGAACAAAGAAGUCCCUGAAAGCUGUUCGCUUUGAAUACAAGAACUGCACUAGCGUACAGACAUACAAACCUCGUUACUGUGGCCUCUGCAAUGAUGGGCGAUGCUGUACCCCACACAACACCAAAACAAUUCAAGUCGAGUUCCGCUGUCCUCAGGGCAAAGUCCUAAAAAAGCCAAUGAUGUUGAUCAACACAUGUGUGUGUCAUAACAACUGUCCUCAGAGUAACAAUGCUUUCUUCCAGGCAUUAGAUCUGACAUCUAGUGAAGCAAAAAUUUGAAAAGCAUAAAUUAGGUAGCACAAAAGGUAUAAAUAGUGUAUACAAAACUUGACCCACGAUCAGGUGAAUGUAACAAUUGCAUAUGUAAAAUAUCUAAGAUGUUUUUCAAAACAGUCUAGGUGCUUUCUUUUUUUCCCAUAGUUUAUUAAAUACCUCGUUUUACAUUUUUCCCCUCCAAAUGUCUUUUAUUCACUUGAAUGAAAUUUUGUACCUUGGACAGAGCCUUCUUUUUUUCUUAAUGGUGGCAUAAAGAUGACAAAGCAAACAGGUAGACUUUCUCCUUGAGUUAAGGAGAUCAUGCCACAAGUUUCAGUAGCUGUAAGACUGGGCUUUUCAAAAGUAAAUGCAUUCCUUGGGAAUGCAUGAUACCAUAUCACAUAAGCUUCCAGGUUCUUAACCUCACUUUGCAUAAUGUAUAUAAACACUUAAUCAGUGUUCUUUUUCUAUUCUAAUGAAACUGUUUCUGAUGACAGUAAAAAUCUUACUGAUGAAAGUGUUGCAUUCUUGUAUCUUAUCAAAUACCUUCCAUCUAUACCUCUGACUUUGAGAAUUAAGUUUGCACAUAGCCCCUGAAAUGACAUAGCUAAGAUCUCUUAUCCUGAAGCAUAGUAGAUUGAUAGCUGACAGCAAUUAAAUUUCUCUUUGGUAACUUCACUAGCAGUCUAAUCCAAAACCCACUGAAGUCAGCGUCUUAGGAGAAUUUGGUUCUAACCAAUGUGAGUCUGCAGAUACAACUAUUUGGAUGCAAAACCAAUUUUUUGUAAAUUUCUCUAAAAUACUAACUGUAUCAUAGGGUGCUUCAUUUCUUACAUGUAUAUGUAAAUAGAAACUGUAUAUAUUGUAAUAUAACUUUACUAAGUAAAUAAACUAUGUGAUUCAAAAUA